GCGAGGCCCGUGGCUGGCAUACGCUGCACUGCUUUCCAGGUCGCCCGCCAUGGCCACCUCCCUGGUGCGGACGCUCGUGGGCCUGAGCGCGGGCCUGCUGCGCCCCCCGCGCGUCCCCGUGCCCGCGCUGCUGGCGGGGAGCCCGGCGGCCGGCCUGCAGCUCGCGCUGGGCUUCAAGACCAAGGCCGUGCUGCGGAAGCGCUGCCGGGACUGCAGCCUGGUGAAGCGGCGCGGCCGCUGGUUCGUGCAUUGCAAGAGCAACCCGCGCCACAAGCAGCGGCAGAUGUAGUGGCGGCUCCGCGGGCGCAGGCUCCGUCACUGCACCUUUCAAAUAAAAACCAAUCUCCUUU